AUGCUACAGGGGAAGUGCAUACAAGCCGUUGCGCACCUCUCCACUGUGCCUGAGAACCGGUACACAGUCGUGGCCGAGGGGGGGCUGCAGAUACUGAUGGAUGUGGUCAAGCUCAACCAUUCGGAUAUCACGCACAAGGACAGGCUCGCCCUUACACGGAUCAUUGCGAAUGUGUGCCAAGAGGAAACGCUCGUGCAGUUUGUGAUAGACCAAGGGUGGCUGUGGUACAUGGUUGACUGGUCGCGUUGUGGUAUCUUGGACUUGGAGGGCGAGGCCUACCGAGCCCUCUCCAACAUACACCACGGGGCCGAAAGGCAUUUCCUCCACACGCGCCAACCAACUACUGGUAACCCAGGACUUCUACCAUACUACUUUGGUAUUGAAGGUGCGGAAACACUCGCGUCUGGGGCUGAGAAACUGGCCGUGGUGAAAGACAAGCUUAUGAAAACGGCCACUGAAACUGCUGUGCAGGCGUCGGAGCGCUUCCCAAUGUUGGGAGCAGCUUACGAUAGGCUCCAAGAGAGCAAGGCAAACGGAUAUGGUCUGUUUUCGAUGAUGGCCACAUCCGCCAGUGCCCCGGUCGAGAAGCGGUACUCUCGCAACGACUGGAAGUACGACGAUGGUGUGUACGUAAUACAGACGCACGACGGCGCACACACACACGCACCUGUAUUUACACACUCACGCGUCAACAAGCGGGAACCAGCCAGGGGCAUACCCGGGCUCAACUCCCUGAUGGAUGCGCAGUCACUCAACACAGAUACCGAGGAUGAAGAUAUAGAGCCCAUGCCAUCCAAUGAAUUCGAUAUUGUGUUUUUGCACGGGUUGUUGGGGGGUGCGUUCUUCACCUGGAGACAACAGCCGUCCAGCAUCUUCCACGGCGAUUUGGACCAUGCCCCAGGGGAGACACUUUCUUGGCCAAGGUAGGAUAGGACAAGGCUACUGUUGUUGUGGGAUAGUUAGCUGGGGUUUGUUCUAAAAAAACUGCCCUGGCCAAGGUAGUAUAGGACAGG